UCAUUUAAUGCCAUUGAUAUGGCACUUGCGUUGGGUAAGAAAUCAGUCAGGAACAUAAGUACAAAUUAAGCUAAUUUAGCUGGCUGCAGAUCAAGCCAUAAACUGGGAGGUGUAUUUGUUUCCUUUUACGUUUCACAACACCUUAAGUCCUUAAUUAUUCGGUUUCCUACCUCAAUUAUGUGAUACGAAUUAAUUCAUGCACCUUUGCAACCUUAAGCAUGUCUUGAACUCUUGAUGCAAUUGAUCUGAUCUGUCUGGCUUUCUAUUACUCUUCGCUGGAUUUUGACAUUAAUUAUACUAAUACUAAUCUUUCCAGAACUUCUAGUAACCCAAACACGAUAAAAUUUGUCUCUCUUAGCUGAAGUGGCUGGAAGUUGCCAAGAAAGAGAGGAAAUGUGUCACACAGAAAGUAUUGACUACUAGCUUUUACUAAGUCUAUGGUAUGCCAUCGCCAUCAGCCUCAUAAAGGGAAGACCGCAUUCCACGAUCCUGAGCCAUACGUGCAGACAUUGGUGUCAAGUCUCUUUCUGCAAUUAAAGGGCAGAAGAAAGAAGAAAUUUCAUCUUGGAAUCGCCUUCGUCGGUGGGGCCAGCAACGACUUUGCAACACACAGCUGCUCAGUUAACAAGACAGCUCUUGUUUUGCUGGCUGCCAUUGCAGUACCACUCCUACAGCUCCUGCUUCAAUACCUUCCUCUGAAAACUCUCUUUCUUACCUUGUCUCCAACUAUGGCUUUGGCUUUCGCCGGUAAGGCUGUGGCCGUCUCAGCCAUAUCUGCGAUUGUCCGCAAGUCGUUCGACUACCUGGAUAAGUACACGAAAGCAGAGAGGAUGAAGCCUGUGGAAGAGCGGCUAGAGAGGACUCUCCUCCAAGUGCAAGUAGUCUUUGAUGCCAUUGAUAUGGAACGGAUUAGGGGCCCGAGCGAGGCCCUUGAUGGAUGGAUUUGGCAGCUCAGGGAUGCUGUCGAGGAGGCCGAGGACGUUCUCGAUGAUGUGGAGUACUACAAGCUUGAGAAAAAGGUGAAAUCAAGAGGUAAUAUGGUGAGCAGCUCUUUGUACAAGUGUAAGCGGAUGUUUAUCCAGCAGUUCAAUACCCUGCUUAAGGUUGGUGAUUUUAAGAGAAUGGUAGAUGCCCUAAAGAAACUUGAUGAGGUUGCUUCCGCUGUGGACCGGUUUAUCAUGCUCGUGGAUCGAUUUGAUCCUUCUAGUUUGAGGCACAUGGGGCAUCAGGGAAUUGGUAAUCCUCGUGAGACUAGUUCCUUCUUGUUUGAUGGCAAAAUAGUCGGCCGUGAUACAGAGAGGGAUCAGGUAGUUGAAUGGUUGGUCAAGCAAGAAAGUGAUGGUGUUCAAAAAUGUGAUGUUUGCAGUGUCACCACUUACGCUAUAGUGGGCAUAGGUGGCAUGGGCAAGACGACACUAGCACAGGCGGUCUACAAUGACCAAAGAGUGAAGCAAUGCUUUGAUCAGAUUAUGUGGGUGUGUGUGUCCAAUGAAUUUGAUGUCCUUGGUCUGACAAGAAAGAUUGUACAAGAAAUUACUGGGCAAGGUACCAAUAUCACUAGUCUAAAUUCGCUUCAAGAGAUCCUCAGAGGGAAGCUGAGCUCCAAGAAAUUUCUGCUUGUAUUUGAUGAUGUAUGGAAUGAUGAGAGAAGGCCAGACUGGGAGAAAUUAGUCGCUCCUCUGAAAUUUGGCCAAAGGGGAAGCAAGCUCUUAUUGACAACUCGAAUGCAAUCAGUUGUAGACAUUGUUGAAAGGGUACUAGGAGGAAGGGCCGAGUCUUUGAGAUUGGAGGGUCUACAUGAUAAUGAUCUUUUCGCACUUCUGAACAAGCACGCGUUCUUUGGAGUGAAUCCUGAUGAUUAUAUGAACUUGCAAGAUAUUGGACAGAAAAUCAUUAAAAAGUUAAGUGGAAGCCCAUUAGCUGCAAAGGUAUUGGGUGGGCUAUUGAACAACUCUAUGGACAGUACAUACUGGAAUCGAAUGCUAAGAGAAAAUAUCUCUAGCAUUGAGCAUGGCAAUGAAGGUGUUAUGAAAGUUUUAAGAUUAAGUUAUCAUCAUCUUCCUCCACAUCUACAGGCUUGCUUCAGAUAUUGCAGCAUGUUCCGAGAAGAUUACCGGUUCAGUAAAGCUGAUCUGGUACAGUUAUGGAUGGGCUCAGGACUGAUCCAGCUAUCUGCAGAUGAAGAUCAGAUACCAGAGGAUGUGGGUGAACAUUAUUUGCGUACACUGACAAGGAAGUCUUUCUUUGAAGUGCAUUCACAAGAGUCCAGUGAUAUGUCUUAUCAUGGUGACUUUUCUCUUGAAUACUAUGUGAUGCAUGAUUUAUUGCAUGAUCUAGGACGUACCGUUUCCAAAAAGGAAUGCAUCAGAAUUUUCAGCGAUGAUUAUGGUAGUAUUCCAAGAACAGUUCGCCAUGCAAAAAUUACAGUGGUAAAUCAUACAUCGUUCACGGAUUUCUCUGUACUAAAGAAACUGCGGACCCUGCUUAUAUCAUUUGAUGAAACAAUACAGAAAAGGGAUCAGUGGAUUGUACUGGAAAAAGUGCUAAAAGUAGCAACAAAAUUGAGGGUUUUGCAUGUACAGACAUCCUCGCUUUUCAAGCUGCCUGAUGCCUUUGGUAAUCUAACGCACCUUCGAUAUUUGUGUCAUUGGGGACCGUGUAAGGAAGUGGCAAAAUAUUCAUUUUGGUGUCCUUGCUCUAUAUACAAGUUAUAUCAUCUCCAAAGGAUAAAGUUAGAUAGAUGUUUGUUAUUAUCCUGUAGACUGCAAAACUUGGUUAAUCUGAGAUAUCUAGUCUUUUCGGGUAAUCUAAUAGGAUUUCCGCCUUACUUUGGACACUUAACUUCUCUUCAAGAAUUAAAUACUAAUAUGUGUGUCCCACCUGGCUAUGGUUUCCUGGCACGUGAGCUUGAGGAUUUAAAAGGUCUCCGUCGUUUAUAUGCUAGUGGGCUUGAGAAUGUCAGUGCACAAGAAGGAACUUCUGCUAAGCUGGGUGAAAAGGAAAGUCUCAUCAUGUUAUCACUCUCUUGGGACAGUGGCCAACUGGAAGCAGAUGGGGAGGAACUACUGAAUAGCCUUCAACCUCACACGAACCUUGAAAAGCUGAAGAUUCAAAGAUAUAAUGGUAUGAAAUCUCCGUGUUGGAUGGAAAAUCCUAUGCUGACAAACUUGACAUAUGUUUCUCUCUCAGAUUGCAACAACUGGCAACACCUUCCACCUUUAGGCGGACUACCUUCACUCAAAUAUCUCUACUUACAACAUAUGAAUGCAGUGAAAAGAAUAGAAGGUUCCUUUUAUGGCUGUGAGGUGCCUCUUGCCUUCCCGUCUCUUAAGUUGCUCUCAAUUGAAAUGCUUCCAUCACUAGAGGAGUGGGUUGGAUCGGAGGAUAUGAUUCUGUUUCCGCAGCUCGAAAAGUUAUUCAUUAGACGAUGCAGGCUAUUGAGAAAUAUACCAGCACUGCCAUCUACUCUUGCUCAUCUUGAAAUACGUGAUGCUGGUUUGUCUACUCUUCCUGCAACUUAUCAUCCCAGUGAAGCAUCAGUACACCAAAAGCCAGUACUUUCCAGGCUGAACAUCUAUGAUUGUCCAAAUCUAGUGACACUGGGCCAAGAGUAUUGUUUCCUUUAUCUGGAGGAAUUAUGCAUUGCACGCUGUAAAAAUCUGUUGCAUUUGCCGAUGGAUAAAUUGCAGACACCCCAACUCCUUAAAAGUUUGACAGUGAGGGGUUGCCCCAAGCUGAUGGCCCUGCAGGAAGAUAUCAGUUUGCCAUCAUCAAUCGUAAAGCUUCAUAUAUAUUCAUGUGGUGUUUAUGGGGCUUAUCAUGUCAACUCCCUGUGCAGCCUCACAUCUCUUAGUACUCUGUGUUUAGAGGGAGAUAUGAGUUUGCCAUCGUGUAAUCGUGUGACGACAGCUGCCCCAGAGGAAGAUAUGAGUUUGCCAUCGUCUAUCAGAGAGCUUUCUGUUGUUUCAUGUGGUGUUUAUGAGACUUGUCUACUCAACUCCCUGUGCGGCCUCACUUGUCUUACUACUCUGUGUUUACAUGACUGUGAGGUGACAGCCCUUCCCUCCGCAGACGUUUUUAGGGGUCUCAGAGCAGUGCAGCAUUUGGAAAUUGUGAAGUGCAGGGAGCUUGCUGCUCUAGAUGGGAUAGAAGAACUGGCUUCCCUCACGGAGUUAAUUGUGUAUGGAUGCGAGAAGCUUCUUGGCAAUCCGUCUCUGCAGCAAGCUUCUGAUACCGAUCAAAUCGCUACAGUCUCCCCUUCGCACCUUGGAAGACUUGAGAAGCUGAGAAUCAGCAAUCCAUUUCUCUUGCAAUGGGAGCCUUUGAGUAGAGUCAACUCGGUUACAGACUUGACCAUUGACAACAGCUCUAGAUGUUUACCUGAGGAGUGGUUGAUGAAAAACAGUGACCAUCUCAAACACCUGGGAGUGCUUGAUGCUUCUCAGCUGGAGUUCCUACCCUCGGUCAUGGCAAGGCUCCCCUCCCUUGCGACAUUGGAAUUCAAAAGAGCUAUACUGGUCCUGUCACUUCCAGAGCUGCCGGCCUCCUUACAGUUUUUACAAAUCCUUGGUUGUCAUCCUGUACUAAAGCAGCGAUGCAGGAAGAGAAGAGGCCAUGACUGGCAUAAGGUUGCGCACAUCCCUGUCCUGCGGAUUGUACAAGAUCUUCCAUCGGCGUAUGCAUGGCGUUCCUUUGCUGGUAUUAUGCUGGCAAUGGGCCCAUGUUAGAGGAGGACGUGAGCCUUGGGCAAUGGCCGGCCGGCUGCACACACAGUAAAAACAUGGAUCGCGUGGUAUGGCAAGUUGCAACCAUAUGUAUAUGUAUCCGUUUCCUACUCCCUCACUCCCAAAAUCUUCCCCGGCCCUGAAUUGGGACUCAGCCAAUUCAGGUGUGUACUGGUGUUCUAAUCCUAAGAGAAAUCCUAAUGGGUUGGUACCA